AUGAGAAGCAAUAUGCAUAGUAGCCUCAAGUCCCCCAGUAAGAGCAACGCGGAGAUGGUGAAGGACCUGCUGACUCGCUACGGGGGACCGUACCUUGGGACCUCCAUCGCCCUCAAUCAGACUCCCAACCCCGCGUCCCUCCCCCCCACUCCCCCCUCUCUCACCACCCUCUCUCCCUCUCUCAAGGCUGGGAGCAACGCGGAGGCUGAGAGCAACGCGGAGGUGGCGAAGGACCUGCUGACCCGAUACGGAGGAGAGUACCUUGGGACCUCCGCUGAGAGCAACGCGGAGGUGGCGAAGGACCUGCUGACCCGAUACGGAGGAGAGUACCUUGGGACCUCCGCUGGGAGCAACGCGGAAGUGGCAAAGGACUUGCUAACUCGCUAUGGCGGGGCGUACCUUGGGACCUCCAUCGCCCUCUCCCUCGUCUCCUUCUCCCUCUGCUACCUGCUCGUUGACCAAGGCGUGGAUGUGGCUGGGCUACUCGACUCGUUCGGUUUGCAUGUGGACAGCACAGGAGAGGCAGUGGGCACUUUUGCCAUUGCCUAUGCAGCGCAUAAGGCCCUCUCCCCUGUCCGCUUCCCUCCCACUGUCGCCCUCACUCCCGUGGUGGCUGGGUGGGGUGUUAGGGAGGGGAGAGGGAAGCAGGGAGGGGGGAGGGGAGCAGGAGGGGAGAGGGAAGCAGGGAGGGGGGAGGGGAGCAGGAGGGGAGAGGGAAGCAGGGAGGGGGGAGGGGAGCAGGAGGGGAGAGGGAAGCAGGGAGGGGGGAGGGGAGCAGGAGGGGCGAGGGGAGCAGGGAGGGGGGAGGGGAGCAGGGAAGGGGAAGGGGAGCAGGGAGGGUUCAGGGAGGACCGUCAACGUUGCCCAUGCAGCUCACAAGGCCCUCUGCUGUGCGAUUCCCUCCCACCGUCGCCCUCGUUCCUGUGGUGGCUGGCUGGCUAG